GCUCAACUAGACUCGACGACCUCGACGCUCGUGUCUGGAGGACGCUGGUAAGAGCCCCUGUGGAUACGCUGGAUGCGGAGGCACCUUCGGCCACCGGCACCUCUAGCUCUCGACCGCACAGGGACCAGUAAAGAGCGAGCAGACCACAGGAGGCCGUGGUCUUCGGGACCAGGGCCGAGGCCAGGAGGGCUACCAUGGCGUCCCUCCUGAUGCGAAUAUUCCGCAUGGGUGCCGAGAAGAAGCGAGCGAAGCAGUACGAGAACCUCAGGCGGGACUCGGACCCGCAGGAGAACUGGGAGACGCUGGGGGAGCUGGGGGACGGGGCCUUCGGAAAGGUCUACAAGGUGCGCAACCGGGCAACUGGUACCCUGGCAGCGGCGAAGGUGAUAGAAGUUCGCAGCGAGGAGCAGCUGGAGGACUACAUCACGGAGAUCGACAUCCUGGCGGCCUGUCGCCACAGCCACGUCGUCGCCCACAUGGAAGCCGUCUUGUUUGAGGGUUGGCUGUCGAUCCUAACCGAGUUCUGCCCUGGAGGAGCCCUGGAUGACAUAAUGCUGGAACUGGAGCGGGGGCUCUCUGAGCAGCAGAUUAGUGAGGUGUGCUGCCAGACACUGCAGGGACUGUCCUACCUGCACCAGCACCACAUCAUACACAGGGACCUGAAAGCUGGCAACAUCCUGCUCACCAUGGAGGGUCAAGUCAAGCUGGCGGACUUUGGAGUGUCUGCCAAAAAUGCCAACACCCUCCAGAGACGAGCGACUUUCAUUGGAACUCCGUACUGGAUGGCCCCAGAGGUGGUGCAGUGUGAGACGUCCAAGGACAACCCCUACAACAGCAAGGCGGACAUCUGGUCCCUGGGCAUCACCCUUAUUGAAGCAGCUGAAAUGGAGCCUCCCCACCACUCCCUGAACCCAAUGAGGGUCUUGCUCAAGAUCGCCAAAUCUCCUCCCCCGACACUCACCAACCCUCGGCUUUGGUCAUCCCACUUCCAAGAUUUCCUUCGCAGGGCACUGCAGAAGAACCCAGAAUCUCGCUGGAGUGCACAGCAGCUCCUCGCUCACCCAUUUGCCUAUGCUGGGCGUGAUGGGUGCGCCUUGAGGGACCUCAUUGCAGAAGCUAAGGCUGAAGUGAUUGAGGAAAUUGAUGCUGAGUCCUUGUCAGACCUCCAACACUCUCUGGCAGAAGAGAUGGCCAAGGAUCCUGAAAAAGGAGGCACUAACUCUGGGGAUGAGGUAGUCCUAAAUGGACCAGUAAAGGAAGUGGAAGUGAGCUUAGAAGCUUCAUCCCCUGUCGAGAAAGCAAAAAGUGAUCCUGAUGGAGAUCCCCAAACUCCUGGAGAACCAGAGAGGGAAGCCGCUGUAGUGGUGACCCGGAGGGUAUCCAGUGCUGCAAGGAAUAAGCAGAAGCUAAUGAGGCGCUUGUCAGUUCCUGGUACUCUCUUUUCCUUCUUCAACAGCAGCUCCAAGCGCUGCAAGUCUGGGUUCUGGGGGGACAGUCCUGUCCUAGCAGCAGAUCAAGGUCAACAGGACACCCAAAGUGGUAGUUCUAAAGGCAACAUGGUGCAUGAGGACAAGGAGAGUGCCAAAGAAAACCCUCAACAAAGCACAGAAGAAAAUUGCCUGGAGAAGUGGGAGAGAAGCUUAAGCCUGACCACCGAGAAGGAGACUGGUGGAACAACAGAGGAAGAUAGCACUAUGGAUACAGGUGCAGCCCAGAAGCCAAGUGAGGCUGAAGAAAUGGAUCUCAAAGCAAAUGAAGCUGAAGAUCAGACAUCAAAAACUCAAGAAACAGAUCAAGAAGCAACUGUGCUGCAGACAAAAACUGAGCUUUGUGGUGACAAACUGGAAUGUGGUGCAGUCUCAGGAGAGGACUUUGCAAGUUCCCAGCCAAGUGAAAAUGUGAACGUUGAAACACACAGAAGCUCUACUGACAGUUGUGAAGACCUCAACGCAGACCUUGUGGCUGUAACCAAGGAGGCCUCUUUUUCAUCUGAAUAUUUGCAAAAUGCACUGAUUUUGGCCUUGUCUUUGGAAAACCCUCACACUCGGACAAAGCAUGAAGGUAAACCAGCGUAUUCAACCAUAGACUACCUAGAUUUGUCCAUUAAAAGCAAGGGUGAGAGCAUUCCCACAAAAGUGGGAACAAGCAAAGUCAGCUUUGACAAUGAAGGGUUGGGUGUGACUCAGAGAUCUGUAAAGAAAGCUGAAGAAGAAGCAGAUGAUGCAAAUCAAGAACAAGAGCAGAGCAAAGGUGGAGGGGCCCCUGAGGAGGAAGCAGAUAAUCUGAGAACCAAAGAACAAGACCAGACGGUGUGGGAGAAAGAAGAGGAGAAUAAGGAGGGGAAUGAGCUUGAUGAAACUGCUGGAGUGCACGAGGAGGGCAUACAGAGUCUGGAUAGAGAAGAACAAGGUGUAAAUAUAACUCUUGUCAAAUCAAUGUCUCCUUUAGAGAAAGAGGAUGAAGUAUCCACUGAUAGUGUUGAUGGUGAGACAACACAGCCAGGACAGGAAGUAAUAGUGGAAGUAAAUGAGAAAGACACUUCACCUCCUCACACAGAGGAUGUAACACAAGACAAGAGUGAGGGAGGAGAAGAGAUGAUGGAUAAAGAAGAGGAGGAAGUGAAGCUAGACAAGGACUUCAAGUCUACCGAGUGUGAGAGAGGAGAUGGAAAUGAAAUAGAAGAAGAAGGGAAAGUCUGGAAUGCUGAAGAGACAGAUACUAGCGAGGCAGAAAUUGCUGAGCAAAAGAUGCUUGAAGCAAAGGAGACAAGAGAACAGGAGAAUACACAAUUGUCAUCAGAGUGUGAAAUGAGCGAGGAAAAGAAGCCAGAUGAGGUGGAUGGUGUGGACGGCGUGGAUGAAGUGCACAGGAAAGACGCAAAAGAUAGAGAGACUGUUACGGAGGAGGACAACACGAGAUCCGAGAACAAAAGCACAUCAUGCACUGAGGACAGAAAGCCUGUCAAAAGGGUGAAUUUUGCCAAGGUGGCAAAUGUAGAAAAAAACAUAGAUCCUCACAUUUUGAAUUCCAGCACUGAAGAAUCACAAUCUGGAGAUGCUGAAAUAACAGACAGAGGUCAUCUGGGAUCCAACGGGCACCACCUGACAAAGGAUCAAGCAGCAUCGCCCAUAACUGAAAGCCAGCCUAACAGCCCUGACACAGAGAUUUCGUUUCCGCUAAGUUCAGGACCUGAAGGGGAUCUCCCGUCUACCAGAAGGACAGUUAAGAAGACACGAAAGUUCAUGGUGGACGGCCGGGAGGUGAGCAUCACCACCUCUAAGGUCAUCAGUGAGAGUGACCGGAAGGAGCAGCAGAUGCGUUCCGUCAGGCGGCAGGAGCUGCACGCCCUGAAAGUGCUGCAGCGGGAAGAGCAGAGGGAGUACGCGCAAAUGGAGCAGCGGCUGCAGCAACAGAGGGAGCAGAUGUUCCGUCACAUCGAGCAAGAGAUGACCAGUAAGAAGCAGUACUACGACGGCGAGCUGGAGCGGGUGGAGCGUCAGUACAGGCAGCAGGCGGAGCGCAUGGAAACGGAGCACACGGCGAAGCUCAGGGAGGAAGCACGCCGCCUCAAGGCCCAGCAAGAACGCGAACUGGAGCGCAGGGGCCCGGCGCUUCGGACUGACCCCCGCGAGGAGCAGCGUUUCCUGCAAAAGCAGCAACAGGAGCUGAAUGAAGCUCUGCAGAGGGCUGUGCAGGAGCACAAAAGAAAGGUGGCGUCCAUGGAGUGGGACAUUACGGUUAAAACGCAGCAGCUCAAGAGGGCUCGAGAAUCUGUCAUCUGGGAGCUGGAACAGCGCCACCUGCAGGAGAAAUACCACCUCUUCAAGCAGCAGGUGAAGGAGCAGUUCUCUCUGCAGAGACAGCAACUCACCAAGCGACACAACAAGGACAAGGAGCGCGCCUCUCGCUUCCACCAGUGUCUCAUCGAGGAGCAGAAGUCGCUGCAGGUGCAGGAGAAGACGCAGCUCCAGCGUUCGCAGCGCGCCGACGCCAAGUUGCGGCUCGCCCAGUUCAAGCUGGAGCUGCGGAAGGAGGGCCUGGCGGGGCCCGAGCACAGACAGCGCCUCGCUCAGUUUGUGACAGAGGAGGAGAGCAGGCAGAAGCAGGAGAAGCAGAACCUGCAGCAGAGCCAGGAGCGACAGCUGUGUGAGCUGCAGGAGCAGUGUGAGGCCAACAUCGCCGAGCUGCAGCAGCUCCAGAAUGAGAAGCUUCAACUGCUGGUGGACAAAGAGAAGAAGAAGAUCAAGGACCUGGAGAACGAACACACCCUGGAACUCAGUGAGUGGAAGAACAAGCUGUCCAGCAGGAAGGAGGUGCUGGAGGAGGAUUUGGCGCGCAGGAGGCGAGAGAAGCAGGGCCAGAGAAGGCGGAGCGAACCCGAGACCCGACACGGAGCCCGCCGGGCCAGGUUCUUUCCGAGCAUCAGCUUCUCCUAAACCGGCGCCAAAACCGCAUGAACACGUAUGAACAUCUGGCCCCAUGAACAUUGUCUCCACACCAGGUCCACAUGUGGAACAGCUGCUGUUUGUCUCUCAGCUUCGUUAUCGUUUCCACAUCAUUUCUCCGAUCGUCCAUGUUUAGUCAAAGCUAAACUGACUGAAGUGACUCAACAAAAAGAAGGUCUGGAGGAGACACAGAAAGGCUGAAAUCCGCACCCCUGUCUCUCACACUCACACACACUCAGGAUGAACCCUGUAUUAUUCAGUUUUCUGGAGUUUUGUCCCACACAUGUAAAUACUGAUGUAAUAUUGUGCUGCAGUCUCUUUUCUUUUUCUUUUUUUAAAGUCUGAUAUGUUGGCAAUAUAUUGUGGAAUACAAUAAAUGACAAGGUGGAA